UUGUCCCAGGACUACUUGUUGAAAAUCAAAGCUAAGGAAGUGUGCUUUUGACAGUGGGUCCUGUGUUCAGAUUCUGAACAGCUCUCUGGGCUUCCCUGGAAACAGGACGUGGCACUGCGUUACUUUCCAUCCCCAUUUGUAUAAAUCCAAGCACGUCACCCUGACACUGAAGUGCUUGGUGACACUGUCUCCUUUACUGUAGAUAACAUUGCCACAGAGCUGGAGAACUUCAUGGGGCUCAUCGAGGUGGUGACCGGCUAUGUAAAGAUCCGCCAUUCCCACGCGUUGGUCUCCUUGUCCUUCCUGAAAAACCUGCGCCAGAUCUUAGGGGAGGAACAGCUGGAAGGGAACUACUCCUUCUAUGUCCUGGACAACCAGAACUUGCAGCAGCUGUGGGACUGGGACCACCGCAACUUGACCAUCAAGUCUGGGAAAAUGUACUUUGCUUUCAAUCCCAAGCUCUGUGUUUCUGAAAUUUACCGCAUGGAGGAAGUGACGGGGACGAAAGGGCGCCAGAGCAAAGGGGACAUAAACACCAGGAACAAUGGAGAGAGAGCUUCCUGUGAAAGUGAUGUCCUACAUUUCACCUCCACCACCACGUCAAAGAACCGCAUUAUCAUAACCUGGCACCGGUACAGGCCUCCAGACUACAGAGAUCUCAUCAGCUUCACCGUUUACUACAAGGAGGCACCCUUUAAAAAUGUCACAGAAUAUGAUGGCCAGGAUGCCUGUGGCUCCAACAGCUGGAACAUGGUGGAUGUGGACCUACCUCCUAACAAGGAUAAGGAGCCUGGCAUUUUACUGCAUGGUCUGAAGCCCUGGACUCAGUAUGCUGUCUAUGUGAAGGCUGUGACCCUCACUAUGGUGGAAAAUGACCACAUCCGCGGGGCCAAGAGUGAAAUCUUAUACAUUCGCACCAAUGCUUCAGUUCCUUCCAUCCCCCUGGAUGUUCUUUCAGCAUCAAACUCCUCUUCUCAGCUCAUUGUGAAGUGGAACCCCCCAUCUCUGCCCAACGGUAACUUGAGUUACUACAUUGUGAGGUGGCAGCGACAGCCUCAGGACGGCUAUCUGUACCGGCACAAUUACUGCUCCAAAGACAAAAUUCCCAUCAGGAAGUACGCUGAUGGCACCAUUGAUGUGGAAGAGGUGACAGAGAAUCCCAAGACCGAAGUGUGUGGCGGCGAGAAAGGGCCUUGCUGUGCUUGCCCCAAAACUGAAGCUGAGAAGCAGGCCGAGAAGGAAGAAGCUGAGUACCGCAAAGUCUUCGAGAAUUUCCUGCACAACUCUAUCUUCGUGCCCAGACCUGAAAGGAGACGGAGAGAUGUCAUGCAGGUGGUCAACACCACCAUGUCCAGCCGAAGCAGGAACACCACGGUGGUGGAUACCUACAAUGUCACAGACCCAGAAGAGCUUGAGACAGAAUAUCCUUUCUUUGAGAGCAGAGUGGACAACAAAGAGAGAACUGUCAUUUCUAACCUCCGGCCAUUUACUUUGUACCGCAUUGAUAUCCAUAGCUGUAACCACGAGGCUGAGAAGCUGGGCUGCAGCGCUUCCAACUUUGUCUUUGCAAGAACCAUGCCUGCAGAAGGAGCAGAUGACAUUCCUGGACCUGUGACCUGGGAGGCAAGGCCUGAAAAUUCUAUCUUCUUAAAGUGGCCAGAACCUGAGAACCCCAAUGGAUUGAUUCUGAUGUAUGAAAUAAAAUACGGAUCACAAGUUGAGGAUCAGCGGGAAUGUGUGUCCAGACAGGAAUACAGGAAGUAUGGAGGGGCCAAGCUUAACCGGCUAAAUCCAGGCAACUACACAGCCCGGAUUCAGGCCACCUCUCUCUCUGGGAAUGGAUCAUGGACAGAUCCUGUGUUCUUCUAUGUCCCAGCCAAAACCACAUAUGAAAAUUUCAUCCAUCUGAUCAUCGCUCUGCCAGUGGCCAUUGUGUUGGUCGUUGGAGGACUGGUGAUCAUGCUUUACGUCUUCCACAGAAAGAGAAAUAGCAGCAGACUGGGGAAUGGAGUGCUGUAUGCAUCUGUGAACCCGGAGUACUUCAGCGCAGCUGAUGUGUACGUUCCUGAUGAAUGGGAGGUAGCACGGGAGAAGAUCACCAUGAACCGGGAGCUUGGGCAGGGGUCCUUUGGGAUGGUCUAUGAAGGAGUGGCCAAGGGUGUAGUUAAAGAUGAACCAGAAACCAGAGUGGCCAUAAAGACAGUUAACGAAGCAGCGAGCAUGCGGGAAAGGAUUGAGUUUCUCAACGAAGCUUCCGUGAUGAAGGAGUUCAAUUGUCACCAUGUGGUGCGGUUGCUGGGUGUGGUGUCCCAGGGCCAGCCAACGCUGGUCAUCAUGGAACUGAUGACUCGGGGGGACCUCAAAAGUUAUCUCAGGUCUCUGAGGCCAGAAAUGGAGGUCAGUCUUGAUUUUUUUCACCAUGUUAUCCCUAUUGUAUUUCCUUUAGAAUCUCUUUAUAAGAAAAUAUUGUGUCCUUAA